AUGUCGAACCCCAUGCAUGGUGACAAGCGGAGAUGGAUGCCAGAUCAAGCAGUGGACUUCCACCAGCAGAACAUGGCUUGCAGUGGUCGCUCCCGGUUAAAGUACGAUAACAAGAUCAACUCGACCAGAGAUCAUGCCGCAGAAUCAAUUCGGUCUCGCGCAAAGUUGAACGUCUGGGGUUGCACCCGUCCUUCUUCUCCUGUGAUCAACACGCCGUCUGUCAUGUGGCUUCGGACGGUUGUUGAUCGUGCAAACUUUGAUCACGGUACAACAAGUUGA